CAGAGCAAGUGCUGAAAAAUUAUCCUCACUUGAUUUCUCAUAACAAAUACGUGCUUCGUUUACUCUACGCGGUGACAUAUUCCGUUUUGUGAUUAAGACACGUGUGACAUUUUAAAUACUUUUAAAAAUAUCGUUCAAUCUGUAUUUCGUGGUGUGUGGGUUUUACGCACGACAUUCGCAUAGCUUGAGAAACUUGGACUAAAGGGAUAGAUAGAUAGAAGAUGAGUGCAUAUCUUCGCUAAGGUGCAGUUGCAACAGGAUUUUAGAGUAGAGAAAAGCAAUUGAACGUCGUGGCCAGAAGCAUAGAGUUCAUAACUACUGGUUAUUAUCUGUAAAAACGAAAUUAAUUCAUUCUAGCUUGAUUUGUGUUAUUUUUCGUGGUCAGAAAAAUAGCGUUUUUUUUGACAGCGGUAGAAUAGAAGGCUGCACAAUGACAUGGGAAUGGAUUCGUCGAAUUUGAGGGUAAAGUUAUCAAUGGUACUAAUGGAUUUGCUCUCAACUGGUGAUUUUUUUCGUCGUCGUGAUACAGUAUUUGGAUUGAGUCAUUGAUACUGAGGUUUGAGGGUUAUAUACCUGCCUCUGGGACGACAGAAGGGGAAAAAACGAGACAAUCGCACCCUAAGAAGUCUUUGGCAAAGGUAAUCUGGUGACGGACUUCAUGGAACUGCACUUGGGAGCAGUUCUGUUGUGGGUCCUGGUGUUGGACUGCUGUGGUUGGGCUGAGGCUGGUAUCCUCUACCGGGUCCAGGAGGAGCAGCCCCCCAGCACGCUGAUUGGCAGCCUGGCAUCAGACCAGGGCCUGCCAGACUCUGGUCACUUGUACAAGCUGGAGGUGGGCUCUCCGUACCUGCGAGUGGAUGGGAAGACAGGGGACAUCUUCACCACAGAGAUCCCCAUAGACAGGGAGACAUUGAGGGACUGCCGCAGUAUUGUCAGGGGCAAGCCCUGCUUCCUGGAGUUUGAAGUGUCCGUCACAGACCUAAUCCACAACCAGAGCCCCAGGCUCAUUGAGGGCCGCAUCGAGGUCCAGGACAUCAACGACAACACGCCGCAGUUUCCCUCCCCCGUGCUCACCAUCUCUGUCCCAGAAAACACCCACUUGGGAGCUCUGUUCUCCAUUCCCCUGGCCACAGACAGGGACUCGGAGAGGAACGGGGUGGCCGACUACGCCCUCACCGCUGGGCCAGACGCGGUGACGCUCUUCGGCCUGCAGGUGGCGGAAGACAGGGGGGAGAAGCUACCCCAGCUCAUCGUCCUGGGCAGUCUGGACCGGGAGCUCAAGGACUCGUACGACCUGACAAUCAAAGCUGUGGACGGAGGUAACCCCCAGCGCUAUAGCAGUGCCUUGCUGAGAGUGGUGGUUGCUGAUGCUAACGACAAUGCUCCGAAGUUUGAGAAGGCCACGUACGAGGCAGAGGUUUCAGAAAACAGCCCUGUGGGACACUCUAUUUUGCAGGUGAAAGCCAAUGACUCUGACAUGGGCCCCAAUGGAGAGAUAGAAUACACACUACACCAGGCAUUAGACCCAGUGCCAAAACUCCUGCGAAUUGAUCGCUCCACUGGCAUCAUCUAUGUCAAAGGGCCCUUGGAUCGGGAAGAAAUCAGCGAUUUGACAUUCUACGUAGUGGCCAGGGACAAAGGUCCCCAACCCAAAAGCUCCAAGACCUUUGUGACAAUCCAGGUGACUGACCAGAACGACAAUUCCCCUGCUGUGGAGAUCCGUGGGAUCGGCCUGGUGACCCACAUUGACGGGGUGGCCAACAUAUCAGAGGACAUGCCAGUGGGCACGGCGGUGGCCCUUGUCCAGGUGUCUGACAGGGACGAGGGGGAGAAUGCAGUGGUCACCUGUGUGGUGGCGGGGGACGUGCCGUUCCAGCUGCGCCCGGCUAGUGACUCGUCCACUAACAAGAGGAAGUAUUUUCUGCAGACUACAACCCCCUUGGACUAUGAGAGGGUCAGGGAAUACCGUGUGGAGAUUGUGGCUGUUGACUCUGGCAACCCAGCUCUUUCUAGUACUAACUCACUGAAGGUGCAGGUGACUGAUGUUAAUGACAACUCCCCAGUGUUUUCCCCAAACCUGUUUGAGGUUGCCUUUGCAGAGGAGAACCAGCCAGGGGACAAGGUUGUGGACGUGGUUGCCACGGACGCUGAUAGCGGAACUAACGCCGAGCUGGUCUACAGCAUCGUAGCAGACACAUCUACCAGGGGCCUGUUUGAGAUUGACCCCGAUUCAGGGGAGGUGAGGGCACGGAGCUCACUGGACAGAGAGCAUAAAGAACGCUAUGAGUUCCGGGUCACUGCGUCUGAUAAAGGUUCUCCCAGUCACAGAGGAACAGCCACGGUCGUGGUCAAGGUGCUGGACCGCAAUGACAACGACCCCAAGUUCAUGCUAAGUGGCUACAGCUUCUCUGUUCUGGAGAACAUGCCCCCACUCAGCGCCGUUGGCAUGGUGACUGUGCUGGACAUGGACCAGGGAGAGAACGCCAGAGUGCAGCUCUCUGUGGAGCCAGACGUAGGGAAGUUUGUGAUUCAGAAUGGAACAGGAACCAUCCUGUCCAGCAUCUCCUUUGACCGGGAGAAGGAGAGCAGCUACACCUUCCGUCUGAAGGCCGUAGACGGGGGAGAGCCUCCCAGGUCCUCCUAUGUAGGCGUUACCAUCAAUGUCCUGGAUGAAAACGACAAUGAUCCUGUGGUCACCAAGCCCUCCAACUCCUCCUUCAGACUCCUGUCCCCUCUAGCUGCCCCAGAAAGCCGUGUGGAGCUAGUCGAGGCUGAAGACCUGGACACUGGGCCCAAUGCAGAGCUGGUCUUCAGCAUCACUGGAGGAAACCCUUAUGACCUCUUCAGCAUCUCCUCCACUACUGGGGAGAUCACCCUGGCCAAGGAGCUGACCCGGAAACAUGGUGGGCUCCAUCGCCUGGUGGUGAGGGUGAGUGAUGCGGGCAAACCCGCACGCCACGCCACUGCCAUGGUGCACAUCUACGUCAAUGAGACCAUUGCUAACAUCACCCUGGUGGAAGCACUGGUGGGACACAGUCUCUACACCCCUCUGGAGACAGACAUUGCUGGUGACCCUGACUACGGCCUGGCGGCCCAGCGCAGUAACAUUGUGUAUGGAAGCCUGGCGGGAGUGGCGGGUGUUGUCAUGGUGAUCGUAGUGGUGGUGUUUAUCCGCCACCGCAUUCAGCGGGAGACGAAGAGCGGCUACCAGGCUGGCAAGAAGGAGACCAAGGACCUUUACGCCCCUAAGCAGGGGCCAAAGAAUGGCAAAGGCAAGAGGGGAAGGAAAGGAAAGCCCUCCAAGUCCCCCAAGCCCUUGGGAGAGGAGGAGGAGGUCAGUCUCCAGAAGAGUCUCAAGUUCAACCUGGAUGGGGUCAACGACAGCCCCAGGAUCCACCUGCCCCUGACAUAUCCCCCAGGCAGCCCUGACCUUGGCAGACACUACCGCUCCAACUCUCCCCUACCAUCCAUCCAGCUGCAGGCCCAGUCUCCGUCGGCCUCCCAGAAGCACCAGGCAGUCCAGGACCUCCCUGCAACCAACACCUUCGUAGGGACUGGAGGAGAUGACAAUUCAACAGGCUCAGACCAGUACUCGGAUUAUAGCUACAAGGCCAGCCAGCCAAAGUACAACAGCAAGCAGCUCCCCCAUCGCAGAGUGACAUUCUCCACAGCCAAUCCGGUGCAGGAUCUGCAGGAUGCAUCUCAGCACAGUUACUAUGACAGUGGCCUGGAGGAAUCUGAAACGCCCAGCAGUAAGUCAUCAUCAGGCCCCCGCAUCGGGCCACUGACCCUGCCUGAGGACCACUACGAGAGGACCACCCCGGAUGGCAGCAUCGGGGAAAUGGAGCACCCUGAAAACGAUAUACGAUCCAUUCCUGAUGUGGCAAUGACGGGGAACUGUACUCAAGAGUGCAGCGAGCUGGGCCACUCUGACGCCUGCUGGAUGCCUGGGCAGCCCUCCCCAGUGCGCAAGACCAGAAACCCCCCUAAACUCUCCACCUUCGUGCCUUACCAGGAGAGAGGCAGCCUGGGCCGCUUGGCCAACGGGAGCGCCAGGCUGGGUGGAGAGGAGCACCGAGCCCACCUUCCACCUUCCCGGAGUGCCUAUUCCAACAGCGGCCACGCCCCAAGUCAGGACUUUCCCCUGGAGGAGGUGCCCCUGAGCGUGGCCACCGAAUUCCCGUCCACCUCCCCUCCUAGCCACACCCCCAAACGAGAGAUCUACCUGUGAGAAAGCCCCAUCUCCCAUGUCUGAUUGGUGCACAGAUAGAGGAGCCACAGAGACACACCCACUUUAUAAAAAGAAACAUGCUCUUAUGCUCCAUUCAUAACAAAAUGGGAAGGUGGUAAUUACCUCAUAAGAUUGGUAAAAAUCGUCUUGAACGCCCCUCCACUGGUAAUUACUAGUGGGAAACACAUCUAUCAUCCCUAAACUCUGACUUCUCCCACAUGCUCACCUCUGUCACUUACUAAGGAAAUUACCUUGAUAACAGCAUUUUCGGCAGUUAAAUGCAACAACACAAUAGUAUUUAUAAAAAGCAAUCUAUUCAUAUGGUUUUUUAACACUAUAGUUUGUUUACAAGCAUGAUAGCUGUACUUUGAGUUCAUGGUUGAAGCAGCUUGUUGGCCUUUAGCCAAUCUGCAUUUUUCAAAAGAUUUAAAGCAUGUGAAUGCAUCCAACUGGUAUUUACAACUUCACAACUGGUAAUUAGCACCUUCCCAUUUGGUUAGGAACUCAGCAUGAGGCUCUGAAAUGUCCAUUUAUUUAAAUAAAUAUCCGUUCUGUAGGAAAUAUGGUCUGUAAUUCGUGGAACCAUUGGUAUGUGCAAUAGGAGUUUUUCAGUUUAUUUAUUUUAUUUAUUUACAUAUUUAUUGGUUCAAUAAUGUAUUAAUUAGUUAAUGUAUUCAUUUAUUGAUGCAGCUUAUUUGAAAGCAUUGGUUGAACACUUGUGGUAAUAUCACACAAAAAAAUAUACAAUCAAUCCCUCAAACGCUACUGAUUUACUUAGCUUAGCCCCAGCCUGUGGAAUGUUCUCUGGAACUUUUAAUGUGUGAUCAGUGCUUUAGUGCCAUAACCAGAUAACAUUCAACUGACAGGCAAUACAUCCCUAGGGUAGACUUAAUGCUUUUGAUUACAAAUCAAAUGGAAUGGUCUUUCAGUGCUGUAAAUACAUGUGAAUGGUGUACACUGUAUCCUGUAUAUAUUUCUGUCUGGCUCAAGCUGAUAACAAUAGCCUCAGAAUUUUUGCAGUUGAGCUUUUCAUUCAUUUGAGCUGCUGCUGUUUAAAACUUGAUUGAAAUGUUUCCCUAAAGCUUGGACGGACUGUGUGGAAAAGCUCUUGAUUGAAUUCUACACAUACACACCCGUGACCCCCAAUCAUGAUAGAACCAAUGGCCUUGUACCUCAUGCUCUCUGGAGAGCUCUUCAGCCAGUGAAGAGAGCUGUGUGGCAACAUUUAAUCGGACAAUGUGUGUUCCACUGAGUCUCAGCACUGUGACUUGUCUCUUUUCCUGGAAACAGUACACUUAGAGGCCACCGCACCUGGUCGCAUUGACCAUUCCCAAUCCUUUCCCAAUCCUUUAUCCAAUCCUUAAUACUUUAGUUCUUUUAGAACCUGUGGUUCUCCACCUAGAUGAGACUAUAUUCUCUGUCAUGUGUGAAAAGCUCCUCUCCAAUGAUAGGCCUCCCUAUGCCGAAACAACACUAUGCUAAUCAGUGGCUCUCCACGUAGAAGUCACCAUUAACUUCAACCCUGUGUCUCCAGCCUCGUUAGGGCUUCUCUUCACGAUCCGCAUGAAUUUCAAUGGUUCUGAUGAAUGCAUGAGGAGUUAUUCACACGAGUUUCAGCACAGAACUCUUCAGUCCUGAGAACCACUGAAGUGACUGAGAGUGCUGUGACUGAACUCCCCUGUCUCACAGAAACUAAGCUUUUUACAUUCCCAGGCUGACUCCUGAACGGCUUCAGUAAUCUGGGACUAAGAGACAUUUCAAUUUGCAAAGAAGGGAAGUGGUUGUCAAUGCCUUAGAAAACACUCUGGCCACCAUUUUGUUUGAAUAGACCUGUUGCAUCCAUUGGUGCAUGUUAUAAACAAUGGUGAAAUGGUGCCAUUUCAAAUAAAGUUAAAUAUUGGUAGCAGGAGUGUAUUUACUGUCCCAUAUUUCCAGUCCAUUUCCAGUUGACUUUCAUUGAGGCCAACAGGUUAUAUUAGCUUGUUAGCUGUUGUUCCUCCCUCUUCAAUUGAGUAUGAUGUAGAUAGAGGACAUUCCUGUAGGCUACAGCAGCUAUCUUUUACAAAUACACAAUUUCAAAGUAAUUUAAAAUCAGACGUCUGGAGGACACAGGAAUAUUAGUAUGUAAUUGGAUGAUGAUUAUGCCACCAGCCCGCCUCGCAGCACAGUAGCAUUACUCAUAGCGUUUUGAUUUGUACACUGAUUCAAUUAGAUUUGUACCUUAGUUUUGACCUCAGUGUAUUUCUAUAGAGAGAGAAACUGUGGGUAUGGUCUGAGUAAGGGUGGAAGGGCCUAGAAUUGAUGCUCCGCUCCCCUAAUUACUGUGAGUAAUGAGUCCUGAGCCAGGGCAUAUGUGAGCACUGAGCACACACCCUGAGGACAACACAGCAGCCAGAUAAUCCAAAUCCAUCCGCAAAAUCAGUUAAAAAGGGGUAUUUUUAUCUGCACUUACCUCAUCGCACUGCCGUCGGCAGCAUAUGUAGAAUAAUUAAACUCAGAACAUAUGGAAUUUACUGGACAUGGCAAUGACUAAAUAAGGUGGGUGAUUAUCCUAGCCUUGAGGGAAAAAUUCACAUUAUGCUGUUUUCAAAGCCAUUCCCUUACGACAUAAAAAACGGAGAAAAAAAAUCCCAUGUGGAAAAAAACGUGGUUUCGGACACGUGUGAUUAAAUCACAUACAACAUGUUAGAUGCGAAGCUGCAAUUUGUACAUGUUUUUAUUUUGCAAGGGUUUAGCCGCUGAAAUAAAAUACAGCGAGUCAUGAUACACUGUGAUGAAGCCCUUUCGGGCCCCCCCCAACCCCUUCUCAGUGUGGAACAGAGCAGCUUUACAGAGCUACAGCUGCGGGUGAGUUCACUGACCUGGAAUUACUGAUAAAGUGUGAAAGAUGGCGAUGAGUGAUAAAGCCAACGUCACACAGACUCAAUCACUGGCUUUGGCUCCUACGCUAUGUCUGACUCCUUUCAGAUUCACUGGCGUCUCUGACUCGAGCCUGAAUCUCCUGGGUGAUCUGGCAUGAAUCACCAGUUUUAUCUCUUUACUAAUGAGAGUCUGAAUCACUUCUCUCUGGCUUGACUGAAUCACUGGUUUUAUCUCUUUACUAAUGAGAGUCUGAAUCACUUCUCUCUGGCUUGACUGAAUCACUGGUUUUAUCUCUUUACUAAUGAGAGUCUGAAUCACUUCUCUCUGGCUUGACUGAAUCACUGGUUUUGACUCAAGACCAUAUUAAAAUCAAACCACUGAGUUUGAGUCCUUACCACCACCGGUCUUUGCAUCCAUUUUCUUGUUUUUUUUCCCAGCCUGAAUAACUGUGUUCUACUCCUUUUCUCCAGCCUGUAUCAAUUGUUCUGAGUCGUUGAAUAUACUGAAUCAGAUGGUUUUACCUGUCGUUUGAACUCAUGCUGAAUUUAUUAUUUGCGUGGACUGCUCUCUAGAGAAAGCAGGGGUUGUUGUCCUUUAUCAAAGUAGAGGACAGCAUGAAAACCUUUUGAUACACUCCACAGUAUGUCCAGUCAUGUUUAGUUUUGUAUUUUUGAUAUUUUAUUUCAUGUGAAGUUUACCUGAGUAUCCUCUGCCUCUCUGUAGUGGUAUUAUAUGGUGAUUGUGGCUAUAGAUUGUUGGGACAUUAUGAAACACUGGAGAAUGGGCAAAGGAUUUUUCUUGCAGGUGUUUACAUAAGACUAAGCCUCCUGACAUAGUAAAUCAAAGUGAGCUGUAUGUGACAAAUUUCUCCUGAAGGUGAACUGUACAUAUGUAGAUCUACACGUCCCCGUGUGUGCUGUCAGGCAGGCUAUGAGUUUAGCAUGAAUUCCAAAGAUAAUUGGUAGAAAUUGUUUACUGUUUUUGCUGGGGUGUUAGUGCUGGUUUCUGUUCAAGACCCCUCUCCCCAAAUGAGCUGACAUUCACUUCACUGCACAUUUCAUCACUGUCACAGACAGUUCACACUAAAAUAAAGACAGCUACCUUGAAAGUAUGUCUUAGCAGGGGAGUACCAAGUUGUUAUCCUAAUUGUUGGUUAUAUUUAUAUAGGACAAAAUGCUUGUGAUGCCAUGUUUUUGUACAGUUUUAUGUACAUGCAAGUGAAGCUUUUUAAAACGUAUGACAAAAGCCGAUGGCAUAUAAACAUUGUAAUGUGUUUCUUGAGAUGUGCACAUCUUGCCUUGGUUGGAUUGAUCUUUGCUGAGUCAGUGUGAAUGUGGCCGUUCUAUGCCUGCACCGUAGUCCUUCACUGGCUCCCUGCUCCCGAGGGCUUUAUCAGAACUUCUGUUUAUCGUGAACAGUGGAUUGUCGGAUCCUACCUGUUUGUUCAAUUCCCAUGUGUUCCGUUUCGUUCUGUUUUCGCAUGUUAAGGAAAAAUCCCUUGUAAUAAGUCCUCAAGAACUUUGUAAUAAAAUGAGUCCUGUAAAAAC